AUGAUGCCACUAGGAGGGAACGAUGCGAAUUUUUGUAUUUUCAGAAUUGCGUGUAUCUCUUGCCCGACUGUGUACAAAAAAUUACGUUCAUUAAAUGACGGUAAACUAUGGUUAUGUCUCCUGGAAUACGACAAAAGAUUUGGCAUCUACGGAGAUGAUUUUCUUUUCUAUGAUUACAAGAGUCCCCUAGACCUGGACGGACUACCAGAGACUGCCUUCGACGUGGUGCUGGCUGAUCCACCAUACCUGUCCAAAGAGUGCCUGAGUAACGUGGCCAAAACGAUUAAAUUUCUUGCUAAAGACAAGAUCAUUCUUUGCACAGGUGCAGUUAUGGAAGAACUAGCUCAUAAAUUAUUGGGAGUGAAGAAGUGUUUGCUGAAAAUAAACCACGAAAAAAAUUUAGGAAACAAAUUUAAUUGUUAUGUAAAUUAUGAACCUUCCUUCACAUAAAAAUUAAACUUCAACAUUUGUAUAACGGGAGAAAAUAUGCUUUCACUUAAUAAAUCUUUAAAUUAAAAUAAUGACGUUCUUUCUACAGAAUUACAACUAAAAAUGUUUGUUACUUCAUAAAGCUCGAGCUUUACUUCUCUUCUACGGCUGCUGUAGAUAAACUUCGUCUGUAACUGCAAAUGAAAUAGAUUAUUCAUAAAAUGAAAAUACAUAUUUUUAUUUUGCAGAAAUCUAAAUAAAACAUUUGCAAUAUUUACACAAAAA